AUACCAAAGUCAUAUCCAUGGGCAAGGUGAUACGGUUUUUAUGAUAUUAUUCCAGAAGGGGAUUCUGAAAUGAUUUUACAAUAAAAAAUAUUUAAAGAACAUAAUAUAUUGCAAAAUUGAAGUUAAAUGAAUGUUCAGAAUUUGUCAUGGUGAAAAUAUGUGACUGUACCUCUGCACUUAAUGAUUUCGCGCUCGAAUAUUCCGAGUUACUCCUCGAAAUGUCAACAUAAACAACAGGCAAUGGAAAAGGAAUCUUGCGAAAAAAACAAUGGAUUGCUAAAUUUGAUCACAAUAUCCACCUAUUUCUGCGCCGAGUGGGACAGUAAUAGUUGAACGAGUGCAUAUAGUGGAAGUUCAAGCUCAAUUAUUGAAAAUGAAUGAAAAUAUAGCCCUAGAAGUGAGAUUUGGAGGAGAAACGCAAAUUUACAGCCCUGCUUACAAAACAUCAUGGCAGGAUCUUCUCGCAAUGCUCAAGUGUUCUUUUGAUUUGGAAGAUGUCUUUGCAACCUACAUUGAUGAUGAGGAAGAUGAGAUUGCCGUAGACACUGAAGAAGAAUAUGACCAGGCCAAAGCAUUGGCUUCCAAGUGUCAGAACGUGCUUCGUCUUAGAGUCUACCCCAAAGACAAGAGACCCAGCUUGGACUCCGUUCCAAAGAAAAACACAAGUCCUCCUGAGACAACAGAAUCUGUUAAAAGGAAGAGAAUGCAUGCACCACCUCGGCCAGAGAAAGAAACGCCAAACACCCAACCAGACCCUACCAUCCCUAGUACCCCUCCCAUCCCUGUGCCCCCACCACGCCCUAAAGUUCCACCUCGCCUGACCCGGACAAACUCCUUACCCUCCCACAAGCAGCCACAUGCUGUGAGUUCUUAUGUGAUGGAGGCAGUGGAGGAACUCAAACAGCUAAAUAUAUCUACCCCAGAGCAAAGUGAUGGUCCUGAUAAAGAGAGAGAGUUGAUAGACCAGAUAGUCAAAGGAGUGAUUGAUGGUCUUGGAAAACCUUACUUGGACAAGACCCAACCUUACCCUUGGGAGCCAUCCCAGAGAAUGGCUGGGAUCGGGUCCCCUGUGUGCACCACCCCUCCAACCAAUGAGCAAGGGACCAAGCCCAAGAACAGAACACCAGCCAAGCUAGUACAUACAGGUGUAAAAUGUGACAAGUGUGAUUGUGUUAUCGCUGGCAUCAGAUACAAAUGUGGCCAUUGCCUGAACUUUGACCUAUGUGAAGAGUGUGAAGCUCUACCUGGUGCGCAUGAUGUUAACCAUGUGUUCCUGAAGCUCAAACGACCAGCAUACCGUAUUGGAAUGAAGUCUGAUGGAAGGACUGCUCCUAUCUUCAAACAUCCUAUCUAUGCUGAUGAUGACACACCUGUCUGGGAAUACAAGAUCAAGAAACUUGAAGAGAAGAUGGCCAGGAAAGCUGCUCGGGCAGAGCUCAAGCGAAAGUACCGAGAGGAGAAGCGCCGUGUCAGGGUCGAGUGUCACAGCCAGGUAUCACCAACUAAGAGAGAGAGGAUAGAGAAGAUGGCUGAGAAGCAGGCCGAACAGAUUGUGGUUGCUGCAAGUGUGGCUGCUUUCCCUACAACCUCUACCACUUCAGCAGCAGAUUCCACCUCUGAAACAACUCCUCUGCUUGCACUAACGAAGUUUGAUGCUGCCUUUGUUAGUGAUGGUAACUUGCCAGAUGAGACCCAUCUUCAACCCAUGACUAAGUUUGUCAAGAGCUGGAUCAUGAUCAACAAUGGUAGUGUGCAGUGGAACUCAGAUACCAAGUUGAGGUACCUGUGGGGUAACAUCAAAGUCCUUUCCCCUGACCCAAUGAUUAUCCCACUCCUGUUACCGGGAGAGGAAGGACCCAUCUGUGUGGACUUUGAAGCACCUGCCAAACCAGGCCACUAUCAGAGUCACUGGAGACUUACACAGAAGGGAGAACAGUUUGGCCAUCGUGUCUGGUGCAAUAUUAUUGUGGAUGAGGCUGAAAUCUUGGAGCCGAAGUGUGAGAGCAAGAAAACUGUGCAGGAGGAGCUGAUUAUACCAAAAGUUAAGGAGAAUGAUGGAGUCCAGACUGAGACCAGUGAGAAUACAGCAUCAAGUGCCGUGGCCCACCUCCAGAGUGACCAAUCAGAUAACGGCUCUCCGACCAGGAUGGUCUCAUCCUCUGAUGUUCUCACUGCCCAUGAUGUCCUCUCAUUUGAACUGCUCAGUAUCCAUGAUGACCAGGAUGCAGACAAGGAAGUUGCUGGCCUGAACAGUCCUGCUGCCACUACUACACCUAACAAUACUCCAAUAGUUGGACUGACCCCCUGUAUCUCACCCAUCCCUCAGCUGGAUGAGAAGCUCCUAUGCCGUAGGGUAUCUGAACACAGUGAUCUUGAGAUUAUCCAUCGUGAAGACAUCCCAGAGAUCAUUGAAACCCAGGAUACAGUCAAAGAUGGACCAGCCAUGGAGAUAGCUCAGGAUGGUGUUCCAGUAGCAUCCUCUUUCUCUGAUAAUGAAGAUGAGUUAGAGAGUAUCUGUAGUUCAUCUGAUAGUGACAUGCUUGAUGACUACUGCGUGGUACCUCUACCAGAUUGCUUUGAUCCAUCUAAACCUUUGGAUAAAUCCAUGAUCCUCUCUAGGACGUCCAUGUCUUCAUCAUUGACCUCUAGCAUUCUAGCACCAAGUGCUGAGAGCGCACCCCUGGUCAGGUUACCUAGUUAUGAAGAGAGCCAGGCAGAGAUCGAAAGCACCUCCACUUCUGAAGGUCCCUCCAUGUCGGAAAGUUCAUCCAUGUCUCCAAAAGCAUCCACUCCCAUCAUCAUAGAGGAAGAAGUUCCUCAGUUUUCCGCAGCUGCUGCCCCUGAAGACAAUGCAACUCCAUCUGCUGAACAAGACCAUGGAAAGGCAGAAGAGAUCAUCCAGAUGGAAAAGGUCCAAGCAGAAGACUCUAUCAAUGCUGAACCAUCCGUAGAUGCCAUCCUAAGCACUUCAAACCCUGCUCUGGAAAUCACCCCUCUCAUCCCAUUAGUGGCUGCUACCCCUGUUCAGAAGCAGCAGGUCAGUGAUGCUACCAUCCCGUCCCCCAAGCCAACCACACCCAGCCAGGAGACAGUCACAGUUGCACCCAUGCCAGAGAUCACUCUCCUGGCUAGUCCAGUACCAACCCAGUCUGAGGAGGCUGUGCUGAUUAACCCAGAAGGGAGUGUCCUGUACGCCACAAGACAGCGUGAGGUUGUGAGAGAGUCUCGUACAACCCCUGCUGUUGGUGGUGCUGAAGGGACCAACCUUGACUUGAUUGAAACAACUGUCCAACCUCAAGAGACAAAGGUCCAAGAACCUGAGAGGCAUGAGGAUCAUGAUGAUGAGUUCCAUGAUGCUCAAGAUGUACCAACCCAGCAGAUGAAUACCCAAUAUAACAACACCUACAGUGAUGUCCAACUUGAAACUGACCCAGUUGAUCUCCUAGGGUACACUGCUGCACGAGCAGUAGAAGUAGCAGGUAGUGUUGUUAGACAAGCCUUUGAUACAGCUGCUAGCUCUGUGAAUGCCCUUCUAAGACCACAGCCCAUCCCCAUGCCUGCCCCAUACGAACCACCAAGCCUCUCACCUAUGGACCAGCUGAUUGAGAUGGGCUUCGGGAACAGGACUAAGAACCAAGAACUACUAGAGAAGCAUAAUGAUGAUGUGUCAAGGUGUGUCCAGGAUCUCCUUCAAGCAGAGGAAAAUAAUUGGUCCGAUACCAGACACUAGGACCUAGCCUUUCUCCGCCAAGUCCAUGAGUGGUCAAAUAUUGAUAUUAAGGACCUAGAGUAAACCUACAUUUCUUAUUGAUUGAAUUAAAUUUACUGGAAUUUAUUCUGAUAUUAAUGAAAAGUUACUACUGUGCAUUGUAGAUACACCUUACGUGUUAACUUUAUUCACUCAUAUAUAGGCCUGCAUGUAGAUUAUGCUGGAAAGAGGGUUAAAUGUCUAAAUUUGUAUGGCUUUUGUAUGGGGAUAAGGGUAUACAACUUAGACAGGUGUUGUAGUGCAUAUAGUAAAAUUUGUUCAUCCCUCGUGAAAUAAAAGAAAUCAAACUUUUAAUUUGUGAAAAUCAAACGUCAUAGAUUAUGUACAGAAGUGCAGCUUAUUGAAUAAUAUUACUUAUUUUGUCAUUUGUGCGAAUAUGCCAAUUUUAUUUCUUCAUUUCCCAUUCAAAGUUGAGUUUAAACUCUCAUAUACUGUUAAGAUUUGCUGCGUUCCUUAUUUCUUCCUAAUAUAUACAUUGCUUUAUUAGUUCAAGAAAGUUAUGAAUCAUGAUUAUGUAGUGUGAUGCAAAUAUCAUUCAUAGAUCUUGCAUACAUGUACAGUGUAGAUACGUGUAUACUUAUCUGUAUGAAGUGGUGGAUAUUGGAUUUGUCCUUGUGUAAUGACUGGAUUUCAGUCAUAUUGCCUUGUCAAUUGAGGAAUCUUUUUAUUAAGAUCAUGACACCUAUUCUUAGUAAUAAUGUAACCAAGGAUCAAGGUGAUAUAAAAUGUGUCAGUUGCUGCAUUCAGAAUUUAUUGAUUUAUGAUACUUGUAUGUGGUUUAUUAAACAUGAUCAUUUGUUUUCUUCCAUUUUAAUUUUCUUCAUCUUUUCUCAUUCAAAUCUGUUACAGCAUACAAAAAUAGAAAUAUACACAAACUUGUAUACAAAAUCCCUAGAGACCACAACUUGUGAUGGGAUAAGUCUGUAACACUUGCACUUAACAUUUACUAUUAUUUACAGGGCUAUAAAAAGAAACCAACUUUAUUAUUAUCUAUUGUAAAAUAACAUAUAUUGAUGGUUAAUUUUUCUUUUUAGAUUUAUUUUUGAUGACUUAUCUUUUUAAGAGAUACACAGCUAUCUCUCAUUUUUUUCUCUAUCAUGUUUUAUGUAAUAAUUGUAAAUAUUCAAGAUAUUAUUCUCAUAUGGAGUAGAGUUGAAAUUAUAUAAGAAAUGUACUGUAUCAUAAAUUGUAGAUAAAAAAAUUGAUUUAUGAUGAAGAUCGUUUGACUCUUAUGUUAAGAUAAGCUCUGUCAUGUAAAAAGUAAAUUAUUAGGCUUUUGAGUCAUUUUCAUGUUGACAUUGACAGAAAAAAAGUUUUGAAGGAAUAUCAAGUGUAUGUGUAACAUUGUCUUCUUUUCCACAUUAAAAGCUUUAUAAAUAUGUACUUAUUAACUUAAUACACUGUUAUUAAGGCAGAUACCCUCUUGUACACAAAUUAUGUUUAUCCAUCCAAUACAAUUUGACUGCAUGUACUUCAUUUGAAUGAGAUAUUCUUAUUUUUCCCCUAUAAUAUCAUUAUUAUUACUUAUACUGUACUUUUUCCAUGAGGCCCAAAUCGCUUACAAUGAAAUAAUUCAAGAAUUGACUAUAUUCAAGUUUCUAUUUGAAAGGUUUAAAGAUUUUAGAUUCUGUUUUUUUAGUAUGGGCCUGUAGUAAACAAAUAUCUGUAAUUGCUUUAUACUAGAGAUUGUACCAGCUAGGGGACGCUCCCUGUGGUGGUUGUGAGAAGAAUAGAAACCAAACUAACAUGCAUGCCCCAUCCAUUACUAGCAAUGGCUCACAAAUAUUUCCUGCUCACAAAAUGCACUUUAGUUGCAUUGCCUGCCAAUGCUAUUUAAUUCAGUCUUAAUAAUGUCAUGAAAAACAAUGAGAUGUCCAUGCACAGAUGGAUCACAUGCACUAUAUACUGGGUCAGGAAAUAUUUUCUUUUCUUUCAGAUAGGUUUACAAAAAGGUUCUUGUAUAGUCCCUGAAAUCUUGAUAAGUAUGUGAAACUAAAAACUUGCAGUAUGUGUAUAUAUUCAAACAACAAUAAGUAGUAGGUUUAUCUAAUAUUCCAUUGUUAAAUCUAUUGUAUGUUAUUCCUUUGUAUAGUAGAAAUUUGGCUUUGUGAUCCAUUGUAAGAAUAUUUGCCAGUACACUUCAACAUUUAGAGGUAAUAAGAUUAUGAUACAGAAAAGAUAUAACUAAACAAGAUUCUCACUGUCCUGGCAGGAAAACAUAAUCUAAAAGUGAAAACUUGCUUGAAUUCUUAUGGAAAAAGAUUGAAAAGUGUUUGUAGCACUAAUGAUGAUGAAGUGAAGUAAUACUUAAAUGCCUGUGUAUAGAUGUUCUUUUUUCAGAGUUUUAAUUGUGGACAAGGAAUGAUAAAAAUGCAGCUUGUGAAUCAAGUGUGAUUCAUCAUGUAUUUGACAUGUUUUAUUUCAAAUAAAUUAUUUUAGGAAGAUGCGAUUGCUGUAGAAUGAAUGCAUGAAGAGGGUGUGCGUGAUAAGAGAAAGAGAGAGAAAGAAACAACGAUGUGAAAUAUCAUCUUGAAGAAUGAAUUAUUAUGUGAUAUCAAUUGAAGGAGUAUAUUCAAAUAAAGAUGUAUAUUGAA